UAUAUUCCACAUAUAAUAUUCGGAUCGAGCGAGCGAGCGAGCGCGCGCGCGCAUGGUGUAUGUAUGAAUCGAGCCUGUGCUACACUGCACUCACCAACGACCGAUUCAAAUCAUAAUAACGAUUCGACGGAGACGCACACGGAUUAGCGUGCUUCGCAAUUUAAACAGCAUAUAUUUUUUUGAAUUUUUAUUGAUUCAGUUUUUCCGAACCGGCCACCACGGUGAAACCAACAACAUCAACAGACAGACAGAUCGCGUUCUCGCCGAUUUUAUCCUAGCGAUCGUGAAUAUUCGGUCCAUCCGGAGUGAUUAGUUUUGUUUUUUUUUUAAUCUCAUUUCUGCGAAUAAACGACUCUAUUUUUUUUGGCGAGUUGUUUUCACAACAAUUAAACUGCAACGCAAUUGUAUUUUUCUUGGCUCUGUUGAAUCAACACACAAUAACACCGCGAGUAUUCGCAUCGAAAUGUAGCUACGCAUGCGAAUAAAGCAAGAAGAAUGAGACAAGCUGAAACGAAGCGAGUGCAUCGUGCAUAUUGCAUUUCAUUCUAUGUCAAAAGACUUUUAAGGCAAUCCAUUUGAUAAAAUUGUGUGUGAGCAAAGUUUUUUUUUGCAUUGGCUAGUGUUAGUGUGACUGUGUAUUUGUUUGCGCGCCGGUGAGCGCUCGCCCAUGAACAUUUGUGUUGCGAUGUAUUUGAAAUUCGAAUCGUGAGCACACUAGACAAAUUGUGAAUUCAAAGCGGACAGCCGACAACAACAACAAGCAACGAACGAAAAAUUGACACACAACUUUUCAAAUGGAAAAGAAACGGAAUUAAAUUGUUGCAUUUGCUUUGGAUCACGCCGACCGAACAAGUGCCAGGGAAAAAGAAGGCAAGUGAGAGAAAAACAGUGCAAGAUAAAUAAAAGUGUACGUGAGUGUGUGUGUGUGUGUGUGUUUGUGUGUGUAUUUCUACCCGGGGUGUGUAUGCGCUAGCGCUAUCGUAUAUUUGUGUUUUUCCGGUAACGAGCUAAGAACGUGUAUGUCACAGAAAAUGCCGUUGAUUGAGUGUAGAACGAGUGUGAAUGUGUCCCCGCCGAAAAUGCAACAUUGACUAAGAGCACGCUUCUCGAUGGUCGGAUAUGUAUUUUGCAUGCAUUUGGUGAAUAGCAAAAAAAAAGAGCAUCCGCACAGCUUCUGUCGCUGCCGUCGCCAUCGCCACCGGAACAGAGUGUUGAACGUGCAAAAUUCGAUUUGUGGCAACAUUGGAGUGUGCAAUAUCUUUGGAUGCACCUGAAUUUAUUGUAAGCAUUUCGCCACAUUCAAUAUAUACAUACACAAACACGUACGGAGAUAGAGCAUCGAGUGAGUGUUUUGAUAACAGAAAUAAACGCGCAACGAAAAUAAAAUGCCCGAGUAAUGUGAGUGCAUUACGUAUUUGCAUGAAAAUUGACGCCCGCCCGCCCUUGCGCGUAUGUGUGAGUAAAUCAAAAGGGAAAAUGUGUUGUUUUCUCCAAAAAUUUAAUCAAUGUGAGAAAUAAAAAACGAAUGAAAGACUGUGACAUCAAAACGCAUGACAAAAAAAGGGAAAGAAAAUCGAGUCAAAAAGAAAAACAAGAAAAACAAGUAACCUAACAAAGAAAAGUGAAGUUGAAAUAUACAUACUCAACGGCAAAUUAGAGAAGACAAAGACUUGACACGGAGCGACAACACAGCGCAUCGAGUAUUAGCAGCGACAUAAGACUGAACAACAGCAGCACACAGAGUGUGUGGACGAACGAACGAAAAAAGCAAGCAGAAGCAGCAGACAAAAAAAAAAUGAUGAGCAUUACAGCAAAAAUGCUGCACCAGCACCACUAUCACCCAAAAUCGAUUAGUCAGCAUAGAUUUGUAGCUGUAAUUUUAACGCUAAUUGGAUUACUUCACGGAAUUCAUUGCGAAAUAGAUAAAACAAUAUCGAAGUCACGGGGCCACACAGUUACAUUGGAGUGUCCGAUAGAUGUUCAAUCAUGUGGGAGUUUGCAUUCAUUGAAAUGGUUUCGAGGCAAUGAUCGAGUUGCGCUUGUUCCCGGUGAUGGUAGUUCGCCAAAUGUCGAAGGCUCAUAUAGUGGCCGCAUCACAAUUGAACACACUCCAAAUGGUCCGCACACAAAGCUAUUUAUCAAGUCGGUGCAAGUGCACGACGAAGAGACGUACACAUGCGUUGUUACUUAUUUAGAUCCAUCGGAUUCAUGCGAAAGCAAAGGUUCAUACAAAAUUAAGCUGAACGUAUUGGUCGCUCCAUCAAUCAUGCAAAUGCGGGAUGAGACUGGACAAAUACUGCGAAACGAUACAGUGAUUGGGCCGUUGAGUGAGGGCCAACGGUUUGUUGCUUGGUGCGAGGCGAGAGGUUCGAGGCCCAAGCCAGAUGUAGGGUGGUUUCUUGAUAAUAAACGCUUACCGGAAUCGAUACCGACAAGCGAAGGUCCAGAUGCAAAUGGUUUGUUCACCGAAAAAGCGAUGCUAUCGGUGGUAUUAACGCGAAAGGAAAUGGCAGCCACAUUUGAGUGUCGCAUCGAUACUGAAGCACUCGAAACGACCGUACGACAUCAAUUAAAAGUUGAUUUGCAAGUGCGACCGAGAAAAGUGGAAGUGAGCGGCGUACGACAACACACAGUUCAAGGAAGCACCGUAUCUUUGCUGUGUCGGGUGUUUGGUGCCCGACCGGCCGCUAAUAUAACUUGGUACAACAACACAACACCGCUACAACUGGAUGGUUCGCAGCACAACGACCGCAUCACCAUCAAUGAAAAAUCCGAAGAGGCUAGUGACAGUACAUUCACAACAUUCAGCCAACUGUCGUUUACGGCAACACGCUACGAGAACGGUGUGAGUUUUCGGUGCGAAGCAGACAAUAUUGUCAUGCAAAAUGAAUUAGAAAAACCGUUGAGCAAUUUCCUCUAUCUUAUUGUUAUGUAUCCACCGGUGGUCACCGUAUCGCCAGCAAACUUGUUAGUAAUCGAAAAUGGGGACGUUUAUUUAGAUUGUCGCUAUGAUUCAAAUCCAUCGUCGUUGAAACGAGUUACUUGGAAACGGAAUGGUGCACCUUUAGUUUUGGAUGAGCAUCGAAUGGAUGGCGGUAAUGUGAAUAGUAUCGGAUUAAAAAUACAACAAGUAUUGCGGACCGAUUUGGGCAACUACACAUGUGAGCUGCAGAAUGAGUACGGUGUCGGUACUUCGGAAAAUGCCAUUAAUUUGGAUAUUCACUAUCCGCCAAUAGUUGAACUGCUAAUGGAGCCAGACACACCAAUCGUUGAACGUGAUGCCGUCAAUGUGACGCUGAUGUGUCGCAUUAUCUCUGGCAAUCCGGCCACAUUAUCGCGUGUUACAUGGUAUUUGGAUGGUGGCAUCCUCAAGGAAUUGCCCGAGUGCAAUGAAAGUGGUGAUGAUGCUUUGUGCGGCGUUGAUCCAGACAUACUGCUGCUCGAAAAUGUUGGACGACAUUUUCUUGGCAAUUAUUCGUGCGAAGCGCAAAACUUAGCGGGCUGGGGCAAUCGUAGCGCCGACAAAGAACUUGUUGUGUAUUAUGAGCCGGGAAAAGCCACAUUGCUUCAUUAUCCGUUGGUCACGAGUAAGAAAAAAUCCGUCACACUAUUUUGUUCGGUCGAAGAUGGCGGCAAUCCGAAUGCAACGCAAUAUAAAUGGUUCCGUAGCGGAAGUGUUUUGCCGUACGACACAGCGAUGAUUACAUUUGAGAAUCUUGGCCUCGAAUCGCGAACAAAUUUUUCGUGCUAUGCAUAUAACAAGGGUGGUAAAGGUCAAACUGGCAGCAUUGCAUUGGAUGUUUUAGCACCGCCCGCAUUUAUACAGGCUCUACAACCAAGAACGGCCGCUUUAUUCUCAACGCAAAAUAUUUCACUGUCUUGCCGCGUUGAGUGUGUUCCACUGUGCACGAUAACUUGGUACAAAAAUGGUAUCGGCAUCGAAAAAUACGACGAACGUUACGUGAUCACCGAAACAUUUUUGCCAGCCGACAACGCAAUCGGUGACUUUGAAAGUGUGCUAUCCACCUUGAAUUUCAACAUUUCCGCAUGGCCCGACCAACAGCUCGAUAUUCAUCAAGACAACGCCAAUUAUUCAUGCGUUUCAUCGGCCAAUAGUGAAGGACCCGGCGUCAGAAGCUCAACGGAUUUUCAUGUUGAAUAUCCACCCGAGAAUACGACUGUUUCAAAUGCAACGGUUGAUGUCAUUGAAGGCGACUCACCGCCCCGAAUCACAUGCGCUGGCAAUGCAUAUCCACCGCUUCAAUAUCAAUGGCUUCGCAAUGGAACGGUGAAAAGCGAUGGAACAAUUCUCCAUAUCUACAAACCAAUGACUCGUGACGAUGCUGGCAUUUAUGAAUGUGUUUCGCGAAACAAACACGGCACUCAAAGCGCUUCCAUGGAGAUCAAUAUUUUGUAUAAACCGGACUGUACGAUCACAAGACGCGAAAUAAAUGAUGAGGACACAUUAGUUUGUACCGCAAUUGGAAAUCCAGCAAAGAUGAGCUUCGAGUGGACGGUGAAAAUGGAGAAUGAAACCGAAAUAAUGCCGGAGCCAAGUACGGAAGACACGGAUACAGUGAGCUUUUUAACGAUAAACGAUGACAAAGGCCGAACCUAUCGAUGCAUUGCCAACAAUUCCAUCGGCAUCGGAACGAUGUGCAGCAUUGAAAUCACCGGUCAAUAUCACUGGUGGCAACACUGGAACACAAAUCCAAUGAUAAUAAUCAUGGCAGCCGUGUCCGCUCUUCUGCUCAUGGUUAUCAUCAUCUGCUGCAUCAUCAUUUGUAUAUGCCGUAAGCGACGACAACGUGACAAAUAUCACACGGAUGUGUCCAUCAGUGCAACACAUAGUGUUUUGUCUGCACAAGCAGCAACAGCUGAGUCAACGGCAUCAAGACCGUCUGCGCCCGAAAUUCCGAAGAGUCCCCCCAAAUGGCCACUGCGACCUGGUGUACUAGUGCACGUCAAAUGUGAUACGAAACAGAAUUUGUGUGCGAAUCGCGCCCAAAGCCCAUUCAAUGCAUCAAUGAACACCAGCAAUUUAAAUAAUGUCAGCUAUGCAUCACCAUUGCUCAGCGCAAAUUCACGAAAUACAUCAAUAGCGAGUGGUAAAGUAGCCGGCGGAUCGGCAAAUCUAUCAUCCACACCAAUCACACUACCCGAACUACCGGCACGAAAUAGUACAAAAACAACGAAUUCAACCAGUGCCGAAUCACCGGCGAAUAGUAAAAAAUCAAGUAAACCCGUUGCAAGAGCGCUGCUCAUCGAUGAGGAUGGUGUAACGGCAAAAGUAGAAUCAUCGGAUGACAGUUGCAAAGAAGAUGGGGGAUGCGAAGUGAAUGGCAACAAUCAUUCAACGGUUACCGUGGAUACAACAACCACCGGAUUGUUGCAGAAUACAACAACCAUUGCCACCGCCAAUAGCGAACCAAACAAUGAUGAAUUGUUACGUUUCACGAGUUCGAAUUUGAUUGAACGCAUUUUGGGUCGAUUGAGAUGGCGUCGCGAACAGUCCAACAACAAUGCACACAACAAUGCGGCAAACAAUGAAGAAGGCAUUCUGGCUAAGAGUAAUAAGCGAGCGGUGAGCCUUUUGCGAGCCACUGGCUGGUUUGGCAGCGGCAAAUCCACCAACUCAACAACGGGCCUCAUGAGUGACACUCCCACCAAAAGCCACUUGCAAAAUGGAAUCACAUGCAGUGACAGUGUUGUCACAUACAAGCGCACGCCAGUGACACUACACCCGAUCAGUAUAUCCGACUCUUUAACCAACUCGAUCGAGUCUCGGAAAGAAAAAAGUUCAUCGCCACGCGGCAAAGGCAAAUCAUCGCAGGGCGAUCUGUUAACGGAUCCUGGCGAGUAUGAGAAUCUACCGUUUCAUGGACUUCAAACCGCACCUAAUAAAUUUUAUACGCCAGCCAACGCGGCACAUGGAAAUGUUGUGCGAGUGGCACCACGGCAAAAAAAUGCAACAUCAUCACCACCAUCGGCUAAUGCAACAUCGGCAGCACCACCAACCUAUUGUUACAACCUGGCACAUAGUUUUCCAUCAUCAAAUUCAAAUAGUAGCACAAACACAGCGACCAACCAUUUAUCGACUUAUCCAAAUUUUCUUCACAUAAAUAGUUCGAAUAAUGGCAAUAGCGCAACCACAACGGCAUUGGCUGGUGCACAACAGCAACAGCAACACAACAACAAGACACCGAAUAAUCAUUUCAGUAGUAGUCAAAUGCCUGCGAAUUGCAACAAUGUUGUUGUUAUUGAUAACGAUCCAAUUAAGUCGACACUAGCGCUAAAUAAUCCAUUUCUGGCAAAGCGGCCAAAAUCAUUAAAUCAAGUCAAACGAAAUUUGGUGCCACGACCACCGCCACCGCCACCGCCGCCUUCUUUGCCACCAUCACAACAACAAUCGGCACCAUCGUCAUCGGCGGCGCACACCGUUUCAUUUACGUCAUUGUCAAUGCCUCGAACAAAAUCGAUCGCAAUGCACUGCACCACCGGUGAUAAGAAAUUUAAUUCACUGAAAUCGUCAAGCGCGCGAAAAGCACCACAAUUUUAUUCGUUGCGCCUAAACAAAUGCCGACGCCAUCAGGCACUCACUAAUCCAACAUACAAUACACAGCAAAAGCUACUUGUUAUUAAUAAUUCGGCAUUACCCUACCUUCAAUCGUCAAAGUUACAUCAUUCCGAUUCGGAGCCCGAAUCCACGUCCGUGCUUCGCAAGUUAACAUUUAGCCAGCAACCGUUGUACGAGAAUCUUGUGAAUGCAACGCUCGAGCAGCAGCAGGGUGACAUUUUGGUCGGUACAACCAUUUUGGAUGAGUUCUAUUGCGAAGGCAACGAUGCUAAUAGCAUUUAUCGAAGCGAUUCGGGCAUAUCGAAUAGCUCGUAUGAAUUGACACCGGUGCCAGCACCCAGGAACAAUCCACGCAACUGCCAAAGUGCACCCGUUUACAUGAACCUUCCGAAAUAUUCAUCGAUUUGCGGCACAAACAGCAAAUACCGACACGAAAAUAACAUUGUCGCACCUAAUUCCAAGCUCGGCUUCGCAACCACAGCGUUUAACUAUGAGCGUUUUAUGCCUACUAAUCCAUUCACGACAUCAAAUCGCCGUCAACAAAUACUCGUGCCCAAAGAGUUGUUUCCGCGCAAAAAUGGCGAUACAUCAAUAAUAUCAUCGUCGUCGUCCGCAUCAUCAUAUCGACGACCCGUUAAACUUCCACUUCGUAAACAUCAUAGCUUCCAUUUUCAACCAUCACAAACGGUGGCUGGCGUUUUAAAGCACGAACAAUUCCAGCAAAAACAUCCUCAGCAAGUGCAAGUAUCGACCAAAGAACGAUAUAAAAACCAAGGUCCGUUAGUGUUUAAGCCAUUUAGCGAGAAAAGUGCAUUCAAACCGAUUGUACCGUCGCCAAAAGGAUCCAACGAAUCGGAAGAUUCAUCGAAACGACGACAUGAUUUUGUCGACACAUCAACAAUGCCUCGCAUCUGUGGCACAAGUCUAAAGCGUCAUAUAUCGAAUGUGGAAACAUUUUCAACGGCUCACCAAUGGCAAAGUGACAAUGAAGAUGGAAAUGCCACCGUUGCAUCUGCAUCGGCAGUAAAUCGACGAAAAAUACAUUAUGCCGACUUGGCACCAUUGCCAUCGUCUAAUUUCAAUUCAAUUCAUCGUCGGAAUGACCGAAAUAAUAACAAUAAUUCAAAUGAAGACACUGACAUUGUUGAUGGCGGCAGCAACAGCAGCAGCAGCAGCAGCGGCGGCAGUAGCAGUAGUAAGGCUGAACGGCAAAUGGCCAACGAUAGCAUGACUUCUGGCAAAGGGGACCACAAACUAUUACAGAGAAAUCAAUCGAAUGCUCCCCCAUCGUCGACGACGACAACAACCACAAAAACCCAAUAUGCAACAUUAAGAUUUGAUGAAAUCAGUAUUUGAAAUCUCAACAUUCCAAUGAACUCGUGAAAUACGCCCGCCUCCCCGACAUUUCGAUUAAUCAAUUUUAAAAUAUUUAUAUAUGCCAUUAAUUAGGCACACUGUCACUCAGACGCGCGCGAAUCAAUGGGAUAUCAUCUAUUACUCACAUAAACACACACACGUGUGACAUGUGAUCGCAACAGUGACACUUUAUUAGAUACGUUUAAAAUGUUUGAUAAAUGGACGAUUUGUAGGUAAAUUUUUAGUGAAUAUUGUUAGUAAAUUAGGGACAAAUGACAACAAGAAAACACCUAUAUGGAUAAUUCCUAUUUAUACAAUUUAAUUUUUCUUUUUUUAAAUGAAAAGCACAAAGCCAAGGGUAGCUGAGUUUUAAUUGAAAUGACAAAAACCGAACCAAAUUCUAUAGACGUUCCAACCGUUAUUUCUUGAAAUGUUCCAUUUGAAAAAGGCGAAAGCGAAUGGUAUUCUAAGUAGGUCACAUUUAUUUAUAAUCAAUUGAAUAUCCAAAAUUUUUACGUUCAAUUCAUUAUUGAUGAUCCGCUGGGUAUGUUUGAUCUAAGAAAGAGAUGUAUUGCAAGCUAAAACGUUAAUUGAAACGGUUCAAGGCAAUCGAAAAUUUCAUUUACACAAUUCGAAAAGUGAUGACUUAUUCUCCACCCCAUUCUAAUCGGAAAUCUGGAGCGUGACGGUGAUUGGGCCUCAAUUUCAUUUAAUAUAAGAAUGUGUCUUAAAUACGGUUAAUCGGCCAAAUCUAUGAAGAUAAAAACACAUUCCAAUUUUAAUUUUCCAAAUUGAAACGAAAAAAAAAAACCAAAACAUUCACACUAUUUUAUCACCGAAAAAUCUUCUACGUAAUUGGUUUAAAAAAAACGAUCGAUACGAAAUUUAUUUUAAGAGAAAUAAAAACAAUUCAAGUAUAUUUAUUUAUGUAUUUAUUUCGAUGUAACACGAAUGAAUGAAUUAAAUAUUAGCGAACUUUAUUUUUAAAUCUACAGAGUUCUAGACUAUACGCAUAGCAGAAAUUGUUUUAUGUCCAACAAAUGGAUUGAUUAGUUUAAGACUUUUGCCGCGUAUACUUAACUAUUUUUUUUUUCUGUACGAUUGUAGUCGUUUUCAUAAUAUUUUGGUGAAUGGAUUUUGUAAAUUAUUAUUGAAACACCAAAGUUUAACAGAGACAACAAAAAGAAAAGAGGGGCCGUAGUAAGCUAUCACAUAUGUAUAUCUCUUAAGGCAACAUUUACUUUUUGUUUCUCUUCUUUCAUCCCAAUUAAGUGAAUCCAUAAAUAAUUUUUUUUUUAUACAUACAUGUAUAUCAUAUUUGAGUUGAAGUGACAACCUCAGAUGCAAAAGUGGCACAUUCCUGAGUUUAGAAACUGAACAAAGAGUUUAAAUGGAUUGUACUAAAUCAUUGAAGCUGAAAAUUUCAGAAUGAGAUCAUCAUUGUUUUAGUUUAGCCAGAGCUAAAAUUAGCAGAAUAAAAAAAAAAACAUGAGAAAUAAAAAGAAGAAGAAAAAAUUUAGAAGAAAGAAAAAAAACACAGCGAAAUGUUGCAAUUUUGUGUCUGACACGGUCAAAUAUUGUACAUAUGAAUGAGUAGCAAGGGAUCAUGUCAAUGUACGUAUAAGCUUGGACAGAAACAUAUGACUUUAAGCUGAAAGCAUUUGUGAAUUGGCUGCUGCGCUGCAGAAGCGUAUGCAUUUUUCAAGAUCACAUUUAUAUGCGAAAGUGGUACAGUGAAUGACACUUCCAUAUAUAGAUUGCACACAUAAAUUUAUUCAAGGCGAAUGCAUUAGUCUGCAUAAAAAAUAGAUUUAUGCUUGGCCGUUCAUAUUCAGUCAUAUGGAUGUAGAGGAAUAGUAUUUGAAUUAUUCUGAAGAGAGAUAUAAAGGAAGUGAGGGAGUAAAAGUAUUUUUUAAUUUUUGAAAAUUGUGUGCGAAAUUCAUCAUAUAUUCUAGAUUUAAUUUGAUUUUGUUAACCUGAAUUCCGAAUUGUAUAAAUUUUGCAAUAGAUAUAGAAAUGAAACUCAUACAUUAUUGGAAGAAGAAGAAAAAAAAAAGAAAAUUGUUCAUGGCAUGUAAUGACUAUACUAUUAUGUAGGUAAAAAAUAAUUUGCUGUGGAGUUUGGAAAAAGCAACAGUUUGCAAAACAAUUUAUUGCGGUUACAAUAAAAAAAAUAACAAUGAGACAUUUCAUUGACACCUGACUAACGUUGAAA